UACUCGUUUAAUUAGGAUACAAAGUGAAUUAAAAUUGACAGUUAAUAGAUAUUUACUGAUUCAAACAGAUCAACUAGAACAGUUAACAAGAAGUAGACCUUAUAGAGACAGACACAGAGAAAGAGAGUGAGAGAGAGUGACGAAGACGCCGCUGAGAUCCUCCAUUCGACGUUCCCGAUCAAUUCAACUCAGUUCAGUUCAGUUUAGCAAGCAAAAAGUAACCGAGCCCCGAAUUCAAAAUGUGUCAGCCAUAAAAAGAGCGGCCAACAUAUAUACAAUUAUAUAUAUUUAUAUCGAAACGGGCAUUGAAAUUACUAGGAACAACCUGCGCUGAUUGCUUUCGCAUUUGUGCGGAACUCACAAGCCACACAACAACAGAUAUAAAAAAGAAUAUUUUGAGCAGAGAGCAUACGGAAAGCAAGUAAUACUUGAAAACAACGUUCAAACUAGUCUGGAGAAUGGUUAAAAAGCAAGUCGAUUUCGAGAACAACGCGUCCUUAGUAAUAAGUCAGCAGCAGCACCAGAAGCAGGAGAAGCAGCAGGAGCAGCAACAACAACAACAACAACUACAUCCUCAUCAUCAUCAACAACCACAACAACAACGCAUCGACAUCGAUUUGACGCCGGAUCAAAAUCAGCAGCAGCCUCCAAAUAUUGAUUUUAAUUACGCACGUCAGGCAAAUGCGAUUUAUGCACCACUGAGCAGCAGCACCACGACAACGACCAGCUAUGAGCAGCACCAUCAGCGGGAGGUGCAGCUGCAACAUGCGCAUCUCGACACAAUGCCACACAAUUUUCACACGAUGCCGCCACAGGAAAUCGUUGCAUCGGGUGUGCCACUCGCCAUCGUGCCGACGGAGAUUCCUGCCGAGGACGAGGAGCGACUGGAGCGCAUCUUCAAUCAAUUGGAUCGAGACGGCGAUGGCAAAAUCGACAUACACGAUCUGUCGGCGGCUCUACACGAAUUUGGCAUGUCCAGUGUCUAUGCGGUGAGAUUCUUGCAGCAGUCGGACACCAAUCAAAGUGGCAACGUUGGCUUCGCCGAGUUCCUUCACUAUGUACGCGAGCAUGAGAAGAAUUUGUGUCUGCAGUUCUCCCAUUUGGACAAAAAUCGUGAUGGCAAAGUGGACUUGGAGGAGCUAAUAUCGGCAUUCGCAGAUCUGGGACUGGACGUUGACCUCGAGGAGGCUAGAAAACUGCUUAGCAGAAUGGACAAGGAUGGCAGCCUCAACAUCAGCUUUAAUGAGUGGCGCGAUUUUAUGCUACUGGCACCCUCAACGGACAUUCACGAUCUAAUCAAAUUUUGGCGGCACUCUACUGCGCUGGUUCAAGAAUGGCUGAUGUGCGUGGUGCUGAUGUGGGGCAUAAGUGCAGCAGCGAACACGAAAAAGGAAUUGUACCUCGACAUUGGCGAGGAUAUGAAUGUACCUGAUGACUUCACACAAAAGGAAAUGCAAACGGGCCUCUGGUGGCGCCAUCUUGUGGCCGGUGGCAUCGCAGGCGCAGUUUCACGCACAUGCACAGCUCCCCUGGACAGAGUUAAAGUCUUCCUACAGGUGCAAACAUGUCGAAUGGGAAUCUCAGAGUGUAUGAAGAUCUUGCUUAAGGAGGGCGGUUUCCGCAGCAUGUGGCGCGGCAAUGGCAUCAAUGUGGUCAAAAUUGCACCGGAAACAGCGCUUAAAUUUGCUGCCUACGAGCAAAUGAAGCGUUUGAUACGCGGCAAUGAUACAACGCGACAGAUGACGAUUGUGGAGCGUUUCUAUGCCGGCGCCGCAGCCGGUGGCAUUUCACAGACCAUCAUCUAUCCCAUGGAAGUAUUAAAGACGCGUCUGGCUCUGCGCAAGACGGGACAAUACGCGGGCAUCGCCGAUGCGGCGGCAAAGAUCUAUAAGAACGAGGGCGCGCGGAGUUUCUAUCGUGGAUAUGUGCCCAAUAUAUUGGGCAUCUUGCCCUACGCAGGCAUCGAUCUGGCCGUUUAUGAGACGCUCAAGCGUCGCUAUAUUGCCAGCCACGAUAAUAAUGAGCAGCCCAGUUUCCUGGUGCUCCUCGCCUGCGGCAGCACAUCGAGCGCACUCGGACAACUCUGCUCGUAUCCAUUGGCCUUGGUGCGCACGCGGCUACAGGCACAAGCCGCCGAUGCGACGAUUUCGAGCCAGUCGCGAAAAACACAAAUUCCAUUGAAGAGCAGCGAUGCGCACAGCGGGCAGGAGACAAUGACGGGACUGUUUCGCAAGAUCGUCCGGCAGGAGGGCCUCACAGGAUUAUAUCGUGGCAUAACGCCCAAUUUCCUGAAGGUGUUGCCCGCCGUUUCCAUUAGCUAUGUGGUCUACGAAUAUUCAAGUCGAGCGCUGGGCAUCAAAAUGUCGUGAUCUGUUUAUCUGUGAUCUGAUUACGUGUCGCUGCCGCCGCCGUCUGCAGUGCGGAUCGAUCGGAUGUGUGCUUUAUGCAAUGCUGUGCUGUGCUCCAAUUUGUAUAGUAGUCGUUGUAGUUGUGGUAGUGAUAGGUGUACCGAAUUAACGCCAUUCGCUCUCAACUGCAAUGAUGAUGAUGACAGACAGACAGAUAGACAGACCCUUCUUCUACUAUAGGACAAACAUAAUGAUGAUGGUGAUGGAUGAUAUGCUGAUGAUUUAGAUGCUUUCCUUAAGUGUAGCAACAACAACAAAAAGCCUCUUCCAUGCUCUUGGUGUAUAUUUCUUUAUAAUUUAUAGUUAAAUUAGUUUUUGGUUACUUUCUAAAAAUACAAAAUAAGUGAUACUAUGGCUAAUUUAUUUAUAAAAAUAUGAAAUAUUUGAGAUGCGGAGAGAGUGAGAGAGGGAGAGAGAGGGGAAAAGAGAGCGAUAACCAAUCCCAAGUUUCUUUAACUAAUCCUACAAUCGCAGUAGGCUCAAGCAGUUGCAACUAUUAAGUGCUAAUUUAUUUAAACAACAAGACAAGACACAUGCAGGUUACGUCAGAAUAUAAGACAGCAUUGGAGAGUGCUUAGAAUAGUCACACGAUCGCAGAGCUAAACUUAAAAAAAUAUAUACCAAAAACAUAAACAAAACGAAGCAAAAACAAUAUUGAUUUAAGCAACGGACAAUGCUGUCGAAGUAAACUAAAUGAGAACCGUAAACAAACAAAAUAACAAAAAAUGUGUUAAGUUAACGCUGUUAACUCUGUGAACUAUAUAGAGCAACUUAGACAACUAAAAUAGGCUACAAGGUUUUACCGAGUCCAAGUGCUUAAAGCUGGGCCAAGCGUUAUAACAAUAAAACUGAGUGGGAGAAUCGAAAGAAGAAAUGAAUAUGAAUGAAUAUGAAUACUUAGGAGCGUUUUAAGCUUGUACACAAAAGACAUAAACUACUCGUAUUUGUUUAGCAUAAAAUUACAGAAAAUACCAAUUAACACUUAACGUUUGAAAUGUGAUGAUAAUAGUUUAUAAUAUACGUACAUACAUACACACACACACACACUCACUCACACACAAAUACAUACAUACAUACAUAAUAAUACCGACCUAUGAUGCGCUUCUGGAAAAAAAAAACAGUUGCAGUUUUUGGUUCGACGGCGAGGCUGAAAUUUUGUAGCAUUUUAUUUGUUAAGUUUAGUGACAAUUUUUUGCAUAGAUUGUACCAAGUUGAAGCCAACGAGAUUAUGUGUGACUAAAGCAAACAAACAAAAUUAUAAAUUAUUUAUUUUUUUAUAUAAAUAUACCAUUUACACAAGUACGUCAAAUUUAGUUGGACUUUUGAAAUUCUUGAAAAGCAAAUGUAAAACGAGCUGAACGAAUUGUGAAAGUUAUCUACAUAUGUAUGUCUUAUUAUUUUAUAACUUACACUUAAUUAGUCAAUGAAUUUUUUUGUUUGUACAAUUUUUAGUGAAAAUAGUACUACAUGCGAAAGAAAAAAAAAACUAUAUUGUGAAUUCUCUAAUAAUAAUUACUUGCGCAUUUUUGUAAAAUGUUUGUAACUAGAACAUCAUUAUUCAGGAAGGAAAACAAAUCAAAAACAAACAAAAACAAAAACAUUAUCACCUAUUUAAUUAACACCUCACACUUGGAAAUCAAAGACAAGAUCAUAUGCAUUAUUUAAAACAUACAAAUAAAUACAAACUCUUCAAACUACAAAUUACAUAUAUAUAUUUUUUUCUGUUUAUUGAUUAAUUCAUACAUACAAUGCUUAAUUCUAGUCAUAGAACAAAGAUUCUGCCCUUUCUUAAGAAAUAUAACCUUAGAGUUGUUCUCCAAACCCGAUUUAUUUCCCUAGAUAGCAAAUGUGCAUUAGUCACAAACUUCCCCCAAAAAAUAAGAUACCCUUUGAAGCCUCUUUCCCAAUACGUAGUUGCCGAUAUAUAAUAUAAUAUACUAUAAAUAAAUAUUCCAUUAAAUUACUGAA